GCCAAUCUGUCUUUGUUGAGGCCAAAACUUUUGAUAUUUUGUAUCUUAACAUCUUGUAUGCAUCUAAGCAUUUCUGUUGUUCAACUCAAUUAUUAAUUAUUAUAUCUUCUGAAGGAAUGGAGCAAAAUAUUGAAAACCUCGGAACAAUUAAAUGUAAAGUGAAACUAGCUGAUGUCUAUUAUGACUUUGUUAUUGAAUGGUCACAGGAAAGACAGUGUUAUGAGCCACAACAAUUUUUCAAACAACUUGCCUCGAUCUCUGGAAUACCAUUAAAAUGUACAUAUUUAAUUGCAAUUGCUGGAGCUCCACGCCCAAACAACCAACCACCUAGCUAUAGAUUUUUCUACAAUCAAGAGGCAGAAAUUAACAAGGAUCGAACAAUUGAAAAUGAGAUUUUAUUAUGUAACGAGUUAAUCAAACUAAUGGUACACUAUAUGGAUCAUGGCAUCGAUUGUUUUAUCCUUAGGUUCACAAUGCUGUGUAUGACUAAUUCACUGACUAUCAAUUAUUGCAUGUUGCCGGAAGACGAAAGGUUGGUCAGCGCAGAUCGGUGUAUAAGUCAAGGGGCCGAGUGGUGGAGAACGGUGUACUUUUGCCGUUAUGGAAGCAGUAAAUCAAUGUUGGAUAGGAUUAGAUCCAUACUUACCAAUGAAGAGUUGAAAUCAAAAAUAGCGGAUUUACUUCCUUUAAGCCCAGCAAAUACAGAUUAUUAUCAACGGGCGACUAUACGACAUAAUUUUCUCAUGCAUUUCAAUAUCAGACAGUGUUUGAAGCCAAAUUGUAGUAGUGAUUUGUUGAGAUUUUGCAUCACUUCAAAUCAUCUGUAUCUGAGAACUCGCGGAUAACGUAUAAUGCUAACAAGAUAAAUAUCAGGGGAAUAACCUGAAAUGUGAAUUAUUCUUGUUUCAGUAAAAAAUGAAACUUUUUCGAUACGCGGA